AUGGAUAUGCAGUACGAGGCAGAGUUUACUGCUUUAGCCAGAUAUGCUCCACAGUUGGUAAGUACUUCUGUUAAGAAGUGCUAUAAAUUUCUGAGGGGACUACGAGAUAGUCUGAGGCAACCCCUGGUACCGUCUCACAUUUUAGAUUUCUCUGAGCUUGUGGAGAGAGCUCGACUGACAGAAAAUGAUCUGAUGGCUACUCAGCAGCGGUGGACUGCUAGUAUGAAGAGAUUUAGUAGUGAUACAUUUGGCAGUGAUUUUUCUGGAAAGAAGAGAUUUGUUUUUGGAGACUCCAUGAGGAGUGGACAGUCAGGAUCCACUAUAGUUUUUUGUAGUGGCAGUGUGACCAAUUCUGGGUCAGUCAGUGGGGCACCGGUGUGCCAAAUUUAUAGGCGAAUAUAUUUUGGUCAGUGUUACAGGAUGAUUGAGUGUCUACAAGCUGGAUUUGAUCGACGAUCUGAGUCCAGAUCUAAGAGUUUUUUUAGGCCUACUGGUAUAACUGGAAGGCCGAGGAUAGUUCCUCCCCUCACUAUUUCUGAAGGAUUAUCCGGUAGAGCUGGUGGUUCGGGUUCUGUGGUAAGGAGAUCACCUAGUGGUAAUCAAAUGGAGCCUACUAGUUAUGUAGCUCUAGCUCCAGUUCAGUCACGUGUGUACAGUUUGAAUCAGCAAGAGGUUCGAGAUGCUCCGGAUGUGGUGAUAGUCAGAAGAAUGUUGAAGAAGGGUUGUACGGUGUUUUUGGCUUCAGUACGGGAUAUGAAUAUAGAUGCGGGUUUUAUUUCUGAUAUCCCGGUGAAGGUGAAUAAAGUUGAUGUGAUGAAGACAGCUUUCGGUACUCGGUACGGGCACUAUGAGUUUUUUAUUAUGCUAGUUGGAGUAAUCAAUGCACCUGCUGUUUUUAUGGAUCUGAUGAACAGAGUGUUUAAGGAGUAUCUAGACAAGUUUGGGAUUGUCUUUAUAAAUAAUAUUCUGGUAUAUUUUGCUUCUGAGAAAGAUCAUGCUAGAUAUUUGAGAAGUGUAUUGGAGACUUUGAGGCAACACCAGUUGUAUGCAAAAUUUUCCAAGUGUGAAUUCUGGCUGAAGAACAUUUCUUUUCUAGGUCAUGUGGUGAGCGGUGAAGGUAUUUCUGUUGAUCCCCAGAAAAUUCAGGCAGUUGCUAAUUGGCUAAGGCCUACGAUGAGAUUGAAGGAUUAUUUGACUUCUACUCCAGUGUUAGCACUUCCAUCUAGUACAGAAGGAUUUCAGGUAUUCAGUGAUGCUUCACUGAAAGAUUUGGGUUGUGUUCUGAUGCAACAUGGUCAGGCUCUAGAUUCAUAUGUUUGGAAAUCUGAGGAAAGAGCUUUUGCAUGA